AUGCAAACGGAAAUACCCAAACCUGACCCCCACGCCGCUCGCUUGCGUGCGCUCGAAAACAUGCCACUCGUGUCUCCUGCUCUCUCGCCCGCCCUGGGGUCUCAGAGUCCGCAGCUCCCGCCCACCAUCUCACAAGAAGAGCGGAACCUGUUACCGAUCCACGACAAACUACCCGAGGUCCAAUGUGUUGCCCGUGCCAGGAUCCCAACGGUUCAAGGGCCUGAGAUAUUUCUACAUUUGUACUCCAACAAUGUCGACAACAAAGAGCACUUGGCUAUUGUAUUUGGCGAAGACAUUCGUUCAAAGAGCCUUUUCCACCGGCGGCCUGGUGAAACCCAGCAUGACCGCAUGACCCGCGGAGCCUACGUGGGCAAGUUGUUUCCAGGGCGUACUAUGGCGGACUUGGACGAGCGUACGGGCCAGCAGCUUCAUUUUGCCGAGGACGGCUCUUUGGUGCGUGAACCAGCGACAACUUUCUCCGGACCGGUGUUAGCUAGAAUCCACUCGGAAUGUUACACGGGAGAAACUGCGUGGUCAGCCCGUUGCGAUUGUGGCGAGCAGUUUGACGAGGCUGGCCGCAUCAUGGGUGAAAAUGGACACGGAUGCCUAGUGUACUUGCGACAGGAAGGUCGUGGCAUUGGCUUGGGUGAAAAGUUGAAGGCUUACAACUUGCAGGACUUAGGAGCUGAUACUGUCCAGGCCAAUUUGAUGUUGCGGCACCCAGCUGAUGGUCGUUCCUUCUCUAUGGCCACUGCCAUAUUGGUCGACUUGGAUCUCGUGAAAAUUCGUUUAUUAACAAACAACCCCGACAAAAUUGUGGCCGUGGAAGGUAAGAACCGCGAUGUUGAAGUGGUAGAGCGCAUUCCCAUGGUGCCGUUGGCGUGGCGUACUCCCGAUGGGAUCAAACUGCGCGAGAUCGAGGGCUACCUUAGCACCAAGAUCGAACGCAUGGGGCACUUACUCGAGAAGCCCAUCAGAAUAUGA